UUUGGUCCAGGCGAAUCCAUUGCAGCGUCACCCAAAAAGAUGCACCGCGUGUUUUGUUCUUUUCCUUUGAAGGGUGCUCUCACGCAAAUAACAUUCGGCCCAGACGUCAUCUCACCGCAGGUAGCAGACGAAUUGGACGAGCUACUUCAGGCAUCUAGUGACGUCCUGCUGGUCAGGGAGGCGAUUGAGAAGUACAAGUUAAAGUAG